AUGACGACCGGUACCGAUGAGUUAAUCGCACCUCCGAGCAGCCGUCAGUCUAGCACUGUCCCUUUCGUCUCCUUCCCUGAGACCGACGCCACAUACGACUCCUCUCCCCAGACAAUGUCGGACUGGCAAGGUACAUACCAUCAGGAUCUUGAGAAUGACCUUCGCAAAACCAUUGACCAAUUGAACGCUAUGAUCCUGGGGCGUCAAACAGAGCUCCAAAAGGAAUGGAAAGCGAAUUUGUUAAAAGAGUCCGAGCACCAGACCGCUAUCAGAAGGGUUGCCGAGGAGUUCGAAACUCACCCUCAGUCAUCCAACCCGCCAUCAUUCAUCGACGUAAAGAAGCGCAAGGACUGUGCUGAUGCACAGGACAGGCGUACUGAAGAAUUAAUACGCGAUAUAGAGCUAAAGAGGAAGGAGAAACAAAAAGCGCUGGAACUGUACAAGCAACGGAGGAUGAUAUAG